UCCAGCAGCUGUUUGGAUUAUGAUUAUGAAAAAGGUCUGAGGCGAAUCAAAGUUCCUGGAGCUGAAUCCUUUGAAGUACUGUGCCAUUCCGAAAUCGCUGGACACGGUUGGACAAUUGUACUGCGCAAUCUGGGUAAUGCGAAUUUCAACCGUAACUGGACGGAAUAUAAGUAUGGAUUUGGUGUUUGGGGCUCGUCCUUUUUUAGAGGACUAGAAGUCCUUCAUUUAAUGACUCGAUCGCAGCCCCAUGAAGUGUACGUUGUGGCUAAUUUAAAAGACGAAACCACUUUGUCAAAUCAUUUUGACGAGAUUGUCGUCGGCGGCGAACCUGAAGAUUAUCGUCUAAAGUCGAUUGGCAAACCUAAGUCCAAGGAAUUACUCUUUAUGAAGAGUCAAGUUAACGCCAAAUUUACGACUUAUGAUCGGAACAAUGCCGGAACAAAAACCAACUACGCUGUUAUGAACAAUGCCGGAUGGUGGUACUCAAAAAAAAAUCAAUUAAGCUUUACAAAUAGUCCUAAUGAUGUUGAAGAAAUUCUGAUGCUAAUUCGACCUAAAACUUAACAUUUCUUUUCGGAAUGGAUUUGUACGCAUAUUAAAUUAAGCUACGACUGGAAACCAUAAAAGAAUACCUUCUAAAAGAUUAUAACUUAAUUUUAUUGUACGUAAGAAAAAGGCUGUAUAUUAUUUAUACUCAAAAGUUUCCGUUCUGUGAUUCGGGAAAGUUUUGAUUUUCUUCUCAUUUGGGGACAUGUUGUUGCUGUUAUAAGUAUUCUCUACAGCAAUUAUAAAUCUAAUUUAAGAAGUAUAUGAAAAUGUUAAAGCUAAUUUAUCAAGUGGUACCCCAACAAAUAGAAAUCCGUAAGAAUGCUUGCAAGUGCGUCAUAGAUACUUAUCAAACAUGCCCCCAUUUGCUGGGCUAAGUGAGGCGAAUAAUUCAUGUCAAUAUCAAAACUCAUUUACCUGCGGUUGCCCCAGUCUCUCAGUCUCUCAUCAAAAAGCUUGUGACGCAAAAACCAACUAAGAAGUAGAUCAAACGAGGCUGUGGAGCCAAAAUCCAUGGGCGGGGGUGCAUGGCAAUUCUAAGGCCAAUUGAGGAAAAUGCGUUCAACCGCAAUGCCGCUUAUAAGCCAUCGUUGACAACCCAGUUUGGUGACUGGGAAACGAAUGUUUCGAAAUCUCGAUUUGAAAUAUGGAAAAGUUUUUGUCUCAACUUGCCACAGAUAGGCGGCAAUGCCGACAACGAAGCGAUUUUAAUUACUUUCCCCCAGUCAUUCAUUCAUUUCCACUUGUUGCCCAUCAGUUAAAAGUCAGAAGAGGAAACUCACCAAAUGGUAAUUCCAUUUCCAUUUCGGACAUUUCACGCUUGAAAGGAUUUUAUCCCACACCGACCACCAAAACUGAUGUCUAUCGUCCUGUGGCCAUUACAACUUAUUGCUACUACUGCGGCUACACUUAAUACACCAAAUUAACUUUUUCGUGGGGGGUUUUCCUCGGCCCACGGCCACGCCCCCUUGCCAACACCGCCUAGCAUGCCGCCCACUCGAAAAGCAAGGACGCGUUUAUCUGCCGGUUAUCUCGCCUUUUGUUGAUUAAUAGCUUUGCGGUAAUUAAUUUGCCAUGAAUGAGGUGCAUUUGUAUAGAACGAGAUGGAUUGGUAUGGAAAUGAACUCGAACGGUGGGAUGCGCUCAUGGAUGUCAAUGUGAUUAUUAUUUAAAUCAAGAGGAUGUUUGGGAAGUAUUUGAUCUAGAGAGAGAUAUGAUUUACUAUGUGUUAAUAAUCUCAACUCUGAUAUCAGAAAAUAUUUUGUGACGCAAAUUGAGAUGUGGCAAAAAUGUAUUGCUAUUUGCCGUUGAUAAACUGUGAUGAUUGUGAAAUGAAUAAUUUGGGUAAGAUAUAAGUACACGAGAGUCAUGAAUUAUUCGA